UUUGGGACGGGUCCAUUGGACGGCUGGACGGACACAGGCUGUAACAUAAUUGAAUCCCCGCUCUUUUAAUCGGACUUUAAUUCACAUUUAAAGCAGCCAUGAAGCUUCACGUGGACACAGAGUCAGUGAAAUGUGUGUGUGGAAGAAGCAGAAGUUCAAACUUCGUGUAGUUUAACGAUGGAAAGUAAAAGGAAGCGGACAGCAGCAGCGACGACGACACAACAGUCCGUUGACACACCGGCAGAUAAUAACGGAAGAAUGGACGAUGUGAAAACUGGCCCGAACCGGGACUGAAGCUCCUGCCCGGGGCUCCUCAGGCUACAUGUCCCCGUCCUCUCCGUGCCAGAUGCCUCCGCGGGGAGACGGGGGCUUCAAGCCGGCACCGGUGUCCCCUGCUCCGCCUGUCCCACCGAGGAGGGCCAGGGGCUCCGGCAGGACGCGGCGGUCCGGAGCAGGAGCAGCGGCAGCCGGGGCAGCGGAGCGGCGGGUGAAGUGUGUGCUGGUGGGGGACGGAGCUGUGGGGAAAACCAGCCUGGUGGUCAGCUACACCACCAACGGGUAUCCCACAGAGUACGUCCCCACCGCGUUUGACAACUUCUCAGCGGUGGUAUCGGUGGACGGGAUGCCAGUCAAACUACAACUUUGUGACACAGCCGGGCAGGAUGAGUUUGACAAGCUGCGACCUCUGUGCUACACCAGUGCAGAUGUGUUCCUGCUGUGCUUCAGCGUCGUCAGUCCCGCCUCCUUCCAGAACGUUCCAGAGAAGUGGGUUCCCGAGAUCCGGAGACACGCACCCUUCGCUCCGCUCGUCUUCGUCGGGACGCAGUGUGACCUUCGUGAAGAUGUCAAGGUUCUCAUUGAUCUGGCUAAGUACCGGGAGCGACCUGUGGACUCAGCAGACGCCCGGGACUGUGCGAUGGAGAUCGGGGCUGUGGCCUACAUGGAGUGCUCUUCCCUGACCCAAAAGAAUUUGAAAGAAGUGUUUGACACAGCCAUACUGGCCAGCCUGCAGAACUGCAGCUCCCAUAAGCACACGAGAGGGAAACAGAAACGUCGGAAAAAGCAAAGGCAGACACCGGACAAGAUGAAGAGUCUGUCUAAGUCCUGGUGGAAAAGGUACUGCUGUGUGGCCUAGAGCGGCCCUGCGAUGAGUUUGUGUUUAGGACUCUGAUCUGCUAUUAUUGACUUUAUCCUGGUCUGGAUUAAACUGGGUCAGGGUUCUGCCUGGACUCGCUUUCAGUUUGGGUUUCUCUCUAACGGAGCCUGAUGUUGAGCAGGACCUCGACUGGACUGUGGCUGGGAACCAAAGUAAGACUCACGGAUCUAAAAUGUCUUACUUUUCGUUUUUAUUCAAAGCCUUAUGGUGGAUAAGAUUUAGUACAGAGUUCUAACAACACCUGCUCUGUACACCUGUACGGCAGUACUGAAGUGUCCUUUUCCUAACCUGGUUUGAAUCUUAGCCAUCCUCUAGUAUGAGCCCCGUGCAGGAGUACCUGGAAUUAAACUGCUAUCAACUGGGACGAGCAGAAGACCGUCUCUAUGUCGCCGGGCUUGUCUGUGUUUAACACAUACAAUGUAAGAGUGUUUAGUCUGGUGUUCUCGUAAUAACCUUCUGAACCUACUAUGGAUUUAUGUACGCUUGUCAUGUAGCUCGGAGCGGAGCUUGGCUCCUAAUCUUCGUUUGUCUAACGUGUUUCCAGAAUGAUUAGAAAGACCUGCUGACUGAAAUAGAUCGUCUCUCAGACAAAAUGUCUUUAUUGGCUGGGGCUGCCCGCUCGUAGACGAUUCGUCGCCUAAUUGGUUGUUCUCGUCUUCGUCCAAUAAGAGUUCUAUAGUUUGAUCAGUCGUUUUUCAUGCUGAAUGACUUAUUUCCAAGAAAUCUAUUAACAUAUUGUGAACACAAUAUUUAAAAUGCUGCCUUUGCAUAAUUCUUUGCGAAUCUGUCGAUUAAAUUAACUAAUUAGUCGUAUCAGUGUUAUUCAACUAAGAACUUCUUAAGUCAAGGACAUUCUGACAUAAUAACAAACUUUGUCAAUAAAUGAAGCCCCUGGUUGAUUUGAGAGCUUCUUGUUAUAUAACUGGGAUCAUUGUUGCUCUAAUGAAAGACUUUAUUAUUAAGCUGCUAAUAAUUCUGUCCUGCUCACAUGCACGGCGUACGGCGGUGCAGCCUGCAAACCCAAUCUGAAACCUGGAUCAUGCUUUACCUUUUAUUUUAGUCUCGAUCUGAACUAUUUAUGGGAUUAUUUCUGGCACGUCCUGCCGCUGUUUGGACCAGAAUAAAGGCAGACAGGGAAUAUAUUUGGUGAGGCUCAUAUCUUAUUGAAAAAUAAUUAUGUCUCUUCUCCGUGUGAGGGUAAAGUAAUAUCUGAAUAUCCAUGUGAUAAAAAAACGUGCAUAGUUCUGUAAAAGCAGAUUGUAUCUUUACUCAUGAAGACACAACUUGUGUGUGUGUCAGGUUUAUUAGUAGCCGAUCAUCAUCCACAUCUAUCCUACAUUAAUACAGAAGGGCUCCACAGUGACCAGUCAGGCAGACAAACACACACACACACACACGUUGGUUUCAGAUAUUUGUACUGCUCGAUGUGUUUGAUUUAUCUCUCCAGACACUGAAACAGCCUUACUGUAAGUGAGCACUUAACAGAAUUAGAUCAACCGAGCGCUCUUUGCAUGUGUUUAAAUGUACAAAAUGGGCUCAGCUGUUUGUUUCUGGAGGUUUGCAGUGAGAACACAACUCACAACAAACUGAGAAUGAGAGUUUCUUAGCUUCUAAAUGCAACUGUAUAUCUAAGACUGUGAAGUUUGAAUUAUGUACAUAUUCAGUGUUCGUAGUUUGAUUCGUCAUGUUUGUUUCCUUUACCCCAAAUCUGCCUUAUUAUCACAGUUGUAACUGUUGAUCCUUUUCAUCAGAAUGCUUUGACACUACAGAGACACCCUUUGUUACUUCUGCAGCAUCUUCUCUCUCCAAUAGAUUAAGUUUCAUAUGUUGUAAAGCAGCAAUAAAACGGCAAAGUGUGUGGAUGUCAAACACUCAGCUGCCACACCUUCCUUUGUACAUUGUAGCCACUAAAAUAGGAACAAAAAACCUUAUAACUAACAACUAUUUCUCUACAGGGCCUUUAUCUGAAUGGCUCUUUGUAUCACUGCAGCAGAAAGGAAAAAGGGUGCAACCAAGUUUGAAUGUCUGAAUGGAUUCAAAGCAGAUCCAUUAUUUAGUGAGCAACAUCCUCGUUCAUAUUGAUCAGACACAAACACAAAACAAACAUAAUAAUCUUGCAUUUCUUAGCACGAGGACAAUCUAAAGUAACCGCUGUCUCGAUCCUGAGACAAGUGCUCAGGUUGAAGGUUCAGAGUUAACAGCUGCACAGUGUUCACUGUUUAACUGUAUCCACCUCACAGCAACAUUUCAUUUGAUAACUCAUUUCUGCUGCUUUCGUUCUGAGUAAUUCAUUCUUUAAAUAUUCGACAAUAACUCUGCUCUGAAGGGGGUUGUGUCAGUCUCGUCUAUGUUAGAGAAGUGAGCUGUGGUGUGCCUCAAUUCUCCAAAUACUAAGUCCUUUAAAAUGUAACCUCACUGUGAAGAAAAUGUGUUGAAACUAAAACAAAAUGUUCACAGUUUGGCAUUCAUGCGGUGUUUUCUGUGUUACGAGACUGCCAGAACACGUACAAUCAUAGCAGAGGAUUUGUUUGAUUCUGUUGACUUCUGUGGAAAAAUGUUCACCCAGUUUGUUACUGGUUGGUUUUAAAUAUUUCUACUACUAAGUGUCCCAAGACCUUGAACACAACUACAGCUUGGAAAUUGAAAUUGGCACCAACAUCUGGUUCCUACCACACUUUUCUGCAGAAAUGUCCUUGUGUAACCUUAACUGGUGAAACUUCUACAAUAUGGCUACCAAUACAUGUAAUGUUUGCGCAGCGUCGUUCUCACAGACAGAAAUGGGAACUUCAAAUAUAUCUCAACUCAAAAUGUUGAUUUGAGGCCUGAGUGUAAAACUGAGACUCCAGAUUUGUUUCCUGGAGCUGUUUGGUAGUUUUCUGCUGAAGAUUUUAAAACUGAGAAUGAAUGGGUUCACUGUGUGUCGAUGUUUUACUCAUGAUAGCAAAUGCAUUGUUUCUUGCUUGGGGAAAAUGGCAUAAUAAGUUGCUUGUCUUGCUGUUUGUGUGCCGUCUUCGUUGAUGGUGGAUUUAAGUAGGGUAAAGGUCACACAGACCCUUAUGAUAGCUGGCAUUUCCUCUGGCAGGUCACUUUUACCAGCUUACAUGUAUCGUUUAUAAAGAGAACAGGAAGUUUCUUCUCACGGUGUGUGUUUGCGUGCAGCAGGAUUAUUCCGGUUUAAAUACAUUAAAACAGCAUAAAUGAUGAAAGCGAUAACUUGCAAGGACUUGAAGAUGACUCCAUCUUUGUUUUGGUUCUCCUCUCUUCAUCCAGAAUUUAAAUCCGGGUAAAUGAAGUUGUCCCAUGUUGUCCACUCUGGCCACAAGUGAUAAUGUUAUUUGCCAAAACAUUAACAGUAACACAAGUAGAACACAUGUCUAACUGAAAGCUGCAGGUAAUACCACACCAAGUAAGGAUGUAGCAGAAAAGCUCUUGAGUGUAGGGAAUUGAGAAAUUGUGCAUUUCUUUGCUUAUGAAUCAAACAUUUCACGUGUAAGACUGAGAUUGUGUUAUUUCUUCCCUUUGAGGUUUUAACUGCUUCUCAGGAGCCAGAAUAAGCUGGUGGAUCCACAGCAGUCCUGUAUGAUAGAUGAACGGCUCGGUAAUGUUGAACAGAUGGUUCUCUGAAGGUUAUCUAUUGUGUGAAGAGAGUCAGAGAAGAGUCAUGAGGGUGACUGUACACUAGGUAGACAGAGUAUUGUGCUGCAAAGUCGGUGUUUUGUUAGAAAGAAAUGUUAACGCUCUGUGUUUGGGACAGGUGCAAAGUCUGGAUGUGGAUUGGAAAAUACGAGCGUGACUGCAACAGUUAUUGUGAUACAUUGGAUGUUGGAAUUCACAAAGCAAAUCUUUCUGUAUGUGAACGGCCUCAGAUUACUGUCAGUAAAUCAGUUUUUGUUGACCUUACUUGACACACAUUUCUAAUUGUUGAUUACGCAACAAGAUCCCAUAAAGUCCAGUGAGUUCAAACAAAAGCAGACAGCCCGGGGAAACAGACAGAAGGUUCAUUCUUGAGAUUUCAUUGUUUUAUUGAGGUUGAUACACCUGAGCUCACUCACACGGGACACCAGCUGAGAGCUUCUCUUACCCCACUCGGCCUGUGUGAAACAUUAUUUUUCCUGCAUGUAAAAACAUUCUAACCGAGAUCACGCUGCUGCAAUCCGCUCACUUCUCGCUUCUCUGCUUAACCGAGGACGUCAGUCAAAGAAAGAAGUGUUUGUACAGAAGUUUUAUACCCUGAGAAAUAAAGAAUAUUUGGUAUAAUA